AUGCGCUUCUCCACCGUCUUCACAGCCCUCGUGGCCUGCGUUUCCACCACCGACGCUGCCAUUACUUGGACCCUCGAGAAAGCGGCCAACCCAACCGCCGACCAGCGCGACGCCUAUGGCCGCAUCGAGAACGCCAUGCGCCUUGCCGCCGAUCGCUACAACCGUCUCGGCAGCGCGAACAAGAACAUCCGCGUCUCGUACAACACCGGCGUCCCCACCGCCGACGCCAACUACAACGGUAGUCUACGCUUUGGCGCCAACAGAUCUUUCAUGAACGAGCGUACUGCUCUGCACGAGAUUUCACACACUGUCGGAAUUGGCCAGACUGCUGCUUUUGACAGAAAGUGUGCGGCGAAUGACUGGCCUUCUGCGACACGCCUUCUAAGAUCUUGGGAUGGCAACUCGGCCAAGAUUAACUGCGGUGGUGGACAUAUCUGGCCUUAUGGUCUUAACUACGACAAUGAGUGGAGUGAGACCAACGCCAAUCGACAUGUGCAGCUUGUCAAUGCUAUGAUACGAGAUGGAAUGUAA